AACAAAGAUCUCAAGUCUUUUUCUCCUUCCUGCAUGGAUCUAGAGGACGUUGUCUACUCGUUACUCUAAAAUUCAACUACAGGUUCCCUCAUGGGUCGACUUGAUGGGAAAGUCAUCAUCCUGACGGCUGCCGCCCAGGGGAUCGGCCGGGCAGCUGCCGUGGCUUUUGCAAAUGAAGGUGCCAAAGUCAUAGCCACAGACAUCAAUGAGUCCAAACUUCAGGAACUGGAAAAGUACCCAGGUAUCCAAACUCGUGUCCUUGAUGUCACAAAGAAGAAACAAAUUGAUCAGUUCGCCAGUGAGAUUGAAAGAGUUGAUGUUCUUUUUAAUGUUGCUGGUUUUGUCCAUCAUGGAACCAUCCUGGACUGUGAGGAAAAAGACUGGGACUUCUCUAUGAAUCUCAACGUCCGCAGCAUGUACCUGAUGAUCAAGGCAUUCCUUCCUAAAAUGCUCACUCAGAAAUCUGGCAACAUCAUCAACAUGUCCUCCGUGGCCUCCAGCAUCAAAGGAGUGGUGAAUAGAUGUGUGUACAGCACCACCAAGGCAGCAGUGAUUGGCCUUACAAAGUCCGUGGCUGCAGACUUUAUCCAGCAGGGUAUCAGGUGCAACUGUGUGUGCCCAGGAACGGUUGAUACCCCAUCUCUGCAAGAAAGAAUACAAGCCAGAGAAAAUCCUGAAGAGGCACUGAAUGAUUUCCUGAAGAGACAAAAGACAGGAAGAUUUGCAACUGCGGAAGAAGUAGCCCUGCUCUGUGUGUAUCUGGCUUCUGAUGAAUCAGCCUAUGUGACAGGCAAUCCUGUCAUCAUUGAUGGAGGAUGGAGUCUGUGACUGCAGGAUCUUCUUGUGGGAAGGCAGGCCCUUCUUGUCCAUGGUGAACCUGGUUGUGAAGAAAACUCAAUGAUCAUCUCUCUCCUAUGAACGACAUUAAUAAAAGCAAGCCUUUUAAAAUUAUUGUUCCCAAGAAUCUAGUUCUUUAAAUAUAUUACUUUCUCUUCCUAAUCUCUAAUGAAAUCAUUGUAAGUCAAAUAAAAAAAUAAUU